AUGAGUAAUCCGUACUACAACGGCGGGCAUAAUGCCAGCCUGUACGAAAUGACCAGCAUGAAAUACAGCGCUGGCGGAAGUGCCGGUGAAGACGACUUCGUGGCCUUCAUGAACGAGAUCCAAGAUAUUCACACCCAGCUAGACAACUACUCCAACUUGGUGGACUUGAUUUCGAACAAGCAGAGAAACUACAUUCAGGAAUUGGAUUUGAACGACGAAGACACUGAAUACUCGUCCAAACAGGUUGACGCGUUGGUUCUGGAAGCGCUGAGCUUGCAAUCCGAGUUGAAACUGAGAAUCAAGAACGUUCAGACCCAGGCAGCACAACUGAGAAACCCACAGAAGAUUGACCAGGCUGAGGCCGCUAGAAACAAGUUCUUGGAGUACAUCCAGAGAUACCGUUUGACUGAAUCCAACAACAGAGAGCAGACCAAGGCUCAGCUGGCCAGACAGUACCAGAUUAUCAACCCUAAUGCUACUGCUGAGGAAGUUGAAGCUGCCGUUGAAGACGGUACGCCUAACCAACAGAUCUUCCAGCAGGCUUUGAUGCAAUCUAACCGUAGAGGUGAGGCACGUACUGUGCUUAACGAGGUGCAAGUUCGUCAUCGUGAGUUGCUUAAGUUGGAGAAGACCAUGGCUGAAUUGACCCAGCUUUUCCACGACAUGGAGGAGCUUGUUAUUGAGCAAGACCAGCCUAUCCAGCAAAUCGAAGAGCAGGUCGAUACCGCCCAGCACGACAUUGAGCAGGGUGUGGGCCACACUCAGAAGGCUGUGUUCUCAGCCAAGGCUAUGAGAAAGAAGAAGUGGUGGUGUUUCAUCAUUCUUCUUAUUAUUGUGAUUAUUUUGGCGUUGGUGUUGGGUAUUCACUUUGGUACCAAGUAA